CGCAUCAGUAGGCAAUCUCAGCGCGCUAUCCUCCAUAGGAUCACUCUGUACAUUUAAGCUCUUUGCCGGCGCUAAAUGUCAGAUAAACCAUACGACACCAAGUCAGCACGCUAGAUUAUGUGGAUAUGAGCGGCGUUUUAUUAGACUUAUAUAUUUAUUUCAUUGUCAGUGGGGUCUCGAGUUUGCGCGCGCACUCAGGCGCCCUCUCCUCCUUGGCGCGCGUAAACAUGCGCUCCGAUUCCGAACCAUCACACCUUAUCCUCGAGACAUAGAUUCAACAUUCCUCUUAUAGUUUUCUUUCUUUCUAGAGUAUUUGAGCAGCUAAAGUCAAAAUUGGCUGAUAUGCCUUUGUAAAAGCUUCAUUUCUGAACGUUUACGCGCUACGACGUGUUAAUCAGUAGUAUUCCUCGAAGCUCUUGCUACGCGUACGGGAACACAGUGGCGAUUCACACAGAAGUGAGGAGUGAGAGACUUUGUGUUGGAGUGGCAGAAUCGCGGCUCAGCACCGUAGACAAGUCCACGCGCAUAUUUCCAUAGCCAUGAACCAGCUCCAUGCGCAAGCCUGAAGCUGAGCAUCACUGAGGGAGCCGCAGGACACACACACACACACACAGAGAGAGAGAGAGAGAGAGAGAGAGAGAGAGAGAGAGAGAAAGAGAGAGAGAGAGAGAGAGAGAGCCCAUCGCUCUGAAAACAACCUCUCCGAGAUCUUCCCAUGUGACACACGCAUCAGAAAGCCACACAUUCAAUGAACUGCGGUUGGGCAUUGAUGCUGGAGCUCACUUUUGUCUGACCACAAACAUAGCAUCUUCCAGCACUGCUCUGACUUGCUGGCUGGAGAGAAUAAACACAGAACAAAAGCAAAGAAUCCUGCUCCAUAUUUGACCACAAUGGCUAGGAGGUUCCACUGCCUCCAAUUUCAAGGACAUUCCUGGUCACUCCAUCUCUUCCUCCUGUUGCUGCUUGUGGCUAGGAGGCCGCAGGCUCUUGAAGUAUCUGGCUACAGCACUGACACCACCAAGAAGGAGAUCAUCAUAGAAGGAGAUCUGGUGAUUGGAGGACUUUUUCCAGUACAUCAGAAAGGUGAUGGAGUAGAGGACUGUGGUCGCAUCAAUGCUCAAAGAGGGAUACAAAGACUGGAAGCCAUGCUGCUUGCACUAGAUGAGAUCAAUAAAGAUAAUCGGAUCUUGCCUGGUGUCACGCUGGGUGCUCACAUUCUGGACACAUGUUCAAAGGACACCUAUGCGUUGGAGCAGUCACUGGAAUUUGUGCGGGCUGUUUUGACCAAGGUAGACGACAGUGAAUACACGUGCCCAGAUGGAUCCUACGCCAUUCAUGAUGAUGUUCCUCUUGCCAUCUCUGGAGUCAUUGGUGGGUCCUACAGCGAUGUGUCCAUACAGGUGGCCAACCUUUUGCGGCUUUUCCAGAUCCCCCAAAUUAGCUAUGCGUCAACAAGUGCUAAGCUCAGUGAUAAGUCCCGCUAUGACUAUUUUGCUCGUACCGUCCCACCAGACUUCUAUCAAGCCAAGGCUAUGGCUGAGAUCCUGCGCUACUUCAACUGGACUUAUGUCUCUACUGUAGCCUCAGAGGGUGAUUACGGAGAAACUGGCAUUGAUGCUUUUCAGCAGGAGGCCAGAGCCUUGCAAAUCUGCAUCGCUACAUCUGCAAAGGUUAGCCGCUCAAUGGACCGCUACAGUUAUGAAGGAGUGAUCAGGUCUCUGUUACAGAAGUCCAAUGCUAAAGUUGUGAUCCUUUUUACUAGAAGUGAGGAUGCCAGAGAGCUUCUUGUUGCAGCAAAUCGCAUGAAUGUGUCCUUUAUCUGGGUGGCCAGUGAUGGCUGGGGGGCACAGGAGAGUGUGGUGAAGGGAAGUGAGUCAGUGGCAGAAGGAGCUUUCACCAUUGAACUUGCUUCAUAUCCAAUCCAAAAAUUUGCUGAGUACUUCACAAAUCUAAAUCCUUACAACAACACUCGCAAUCCCUGGUUUCGAGAGUUCUGGGAGCAUCGGUUCCAAUGUAGCCUGCACGAUAUUAACUGUGGGAAGCAUUCGCUCCGAGAUGGCAAGUUUGAGCAAGAAUCCAAGAUCAUGUUUGUAAUGAAUGCUGUGUAUGCAAUGGCCCAUGCACUGCACAACAUGAGACAGUCAGUAUGUCAAAACACCACUAAACUCUGCAGUGCCAUGAAGCCAGUAAAUGGAAAGAAGUUGUAUAAAGAAAACAUCCUGAAGACAAAGUUUGAUGCUCCUUUCCGUCCAGCUGACACAGAAAACACUGUUCACUUUGAUGCUUAUGGAGACAGUCUGGGUCGGUACAACAUCUUCCACUACCACAUAGAAAACGGCACAUAUGUUUACCGUAAAGUGGGCUUUUGGGCCCAGAGUUUGAACCUAGACACAAAUCUCAUCCCUUGGGAUAACCAAGUGGUACCUACCUCUCAGUGUAGUGACCCCUGCAAGAUGAAUGAAAUCAAGAGCAUGCAGCCCGGUGAUGUCUGCUGUUGGAUCUGUAUCCCCUGCCAGCCCUACCAGUAUCUCCUGGAUGAAUUCACUUGUGCAGAAUGCAGCUUUGGUCAAUGGCCACUGGCCAACCUGACUGGCUGCUAUGACUUGCCUGAGGAGUACAUCCACUGGGAGGAUGCCUGGGCUAUUGGACCAGUCACCAUUGCCUGUUUGGGGAUACUGUGCACACUCUUUGUGAUUGGUCUCUUCAUAAAGAACAACGAGACACCUGUAGUCAAAGCUAGUGGACGAGAAGUUUCCUACAUUUUACUCCUGGGUGUGCUCCUCUGUUACUGCAUAACGUUCAUUUACAUUGCCAAACCUUCAGUAGUAGUGUGUACAUUACGUCGUCUUGGGCUUGGUACCUCCUUUGCAGUUUGCUACUCAGCACUUCUGACCAAGACCAACCGCAUUGCCCGUAUCUUCAAUGGUGUCAAAGAUGGUGCACAAAGGCCACGGUUUAUUAGUCCAGCUUCACAGGUAGCUAUUUGUGCUGCCCUCAUUUCCUGUCAGCUGUUAGUAGUGAUGGUCUGGCUCUUGGUAGAAGUACCGGGUGUAAGGAAAGAGGUCAGUCCUGAGAGAAGAGACAUAGUCAGGUUGAAAUGCAACAGCAAGGACUCCAGCAUGCUAAUUUCACUGACCUAUAACUGUGUCCUCAUUAUCCUCUGUACCUUCUACGCCUUCAAGACCCGAAAGUGCCCAGAGAACUUCAAUGAGGCAAAGUUUAUUGGUUUCACUAUGUACACCACCUGCAUAAUCUGGCUGGCUUUCCAGCCCAUCUUCUAUGUCACAGCCAGUGACCUCAGGGUUCAGACCACCACAAUGUGCAUCUCGGUGAGUCUGAGUGGCUCCGUGGUGCUGGGUUGCCUUUUUGCUCCUAAGAUCCACAUCAUCCUGUUCCAGCCACAGAAGAAUGUCACCACCAGUCUCAGGGUGGCCACCACUCGCUUCAGUGUGACCACAGGCCCCGGUUCCAGCUUCUCUCAAGCAUCCAACAUUGUGCCAACAGUGUGUAACGGAAGAGAAGUAGUGGACUCAACAACAUCAUCCCUCUAAAAGAUGAGCUCUAUCCAUCUGCCAAAUGUGGUAUACAGAUUAAUUUUAUCACUAGUCAGAAAAACGUGUUUGCUGAUAUUAAGGAGGCCCUUCGCAAUACGGAGAGGCACUUAUUUCAUUUUCAACGUGCUGUGAAAAAAAUUCUCUCCCUCUUUCUUAUUUUCUCUUGUUCUGCCUUGCUCAUGUUUUUUCUCACUUCUCCUCCUCUUUCUUUUUCUUCUUCUUCUUCUUCUUCUUCUUCUAAUUCUUCUCUCUCUCUCUCUCUCUCUCUCUCUCUCUCUCAACUAGUUAGAAAAUAAUAAUGGGAUGCCAGCGGCAGCUCUGUAUACCACUACUUUUUAUAGAACAUAUGAUAAAGUAUUCUUUAAGACAUGGAGUAAAAUGAUAGUGAAUCUGUUUAAUGUAUCAUAUACAGGAUGUUUUUAAUUGUAGAUUUUUGGUGAUUCGGGUUUGCUGUUCCUUGUAAGUAAUGUAAA